UCUCGUUGAGGUGUGGGCAGCGUCUUGCGGUGCGGUGCUAUGGCUCUUUCACAGUGCCUGGAUGAUUCGCCGGCAUUGAGGCUGUAUAAGCGGGGAAAUGACAUUAAUAUUCAGGAGCUGUACAAUGAAAGGCACCGGCUUGCUUUGGAGGAACUGGUUGCAGGUGGGGUAGAUGCUUUUUUGGGUUUCUUAAAGAAAGAGAGGAUACCUAAUUUCCUUUCCGACGACGAAAUCCGACGCAUCACCCACUCGGCGGUGGUGCCACGAUGCGUUUCUCUGAACGGGGAAGACGUCGUGCUAGAACACUCCAUGACGAGUUCAAUGGACUGUUCGUCUGUCACCUACUUCCCGGAGGUGUCGGACGUGGAGCCCCCGCUUCUGGAGAUGGGCUGGCCAGCGUUCACCGCGGGGUCCUUUCGAGGGGUUACCCGGGCUGUCGCCUAUUUUCAGCCCAGCUACGGGGAGAGUAUCUACAGUUGUAAGGAGGCUGCAAGGCGAAUGAUAAAAAGCGCCAAAGAGGUGAUUGCCGUGGUGACGGACUCCCUCACAGACCUGGACAUCUUCAGGGAUCUGCAGGAGGCCUGCUCCAAGCGCAGGGUUCCCGUCUACAUCCUGCUGGACCAGUCCUGCGUUGGCUCCUUCCUUCAGAUGUGCAAGAACCUCAGCGUGCGCCUCGAGGACUUACGGCGAAUGCGGGUGCGGACCAUAACGGGGGCCACCUACUUCCUGCGCUCUGGAGCCAAGAUUACGGGGAAAGUGCAUGAGCGAUUCAUGCUGAUCGAUGGAAACCGCGUAGCCACCGGAUCCUACAGGUUCAACUGGACUGACGGAAAGCUGAACAGCAGCAACCUGAUUGAGCUGUCAGGCCAGAUCACGGAAAACUUUGACGAGGAGUUCCGCAUCCUGUAUGCGCAGUCCUUGCCCAUCAGUACCCGGGCCCCCGGCAGCGCCCGUAACAGUGGGAUCUACGACCACCUGCUCCUCAAGUCGCCAGCAGUGCUGCAGUCGCCACGCGUGCCCGUUCCUGUGCCCCAGCCAGAACCCGCCAGGAUGACGAGCACGCCUACCCGGGCACAGGUCCCCGCCGAGCCGCUACCCAGCGAUGAGGCUGGGGGCCGCAAGAGCAGCCCUGUGUCGGACUCCUCCACCCUUGGGGAGGACUGGAUGGAGCAGGACCACGUGCAGGACGUCCUGGCCGAAGCCCCCACCGGCGUGCUUGUGCCUGGCCCCGUUGUGGACACCCCGGCCCCUCCUCUGGCCCCCCCAUCCUGUCACACCUCCACGCAGACCAGCUUCCCCACCGCAGACAGUGGCGUACAGACUGAGCCUGAGGCCUACUUUGCCCGCCGCCCCCUCUCUGCUGCCACAACCACCUAUCAGACCGUCAGCCAGGACCACGCCUCCUCUGCCUCGGGCUCCGACGCCCGGGUCCGCCUGCCCCCUAGGGUGGACGGGCGCCCGCCCCUCCGGAAUCCCCCAGACGGCAACCUUAGGGACUGCUUCCGCAAGCUGACCAAGGAGCGGCAGUACCACUACUCCACCAUCCGCUCCAAGCUGGACCACAUGGUGGCGCUGCUGUCCCACCGGCGGGAGCUGGUGGACCUCACCAAGCUGGCCCUCAGUCCGCGCCUGCACAGGGCCUGCAAAUUCCGCCAGGAUCUGGGCUCCAACCCCACUGCGAUGAUGGAGAGUGUGCUCACAGCUCAGUGGAGUCGGUCCAGGUGUUUACAGUGAGAGAACUCCAAGACAAACGUGGCUUCCCUCAUGUACAAUGUGCUUGAAGCCAGAGGAAA